AUGGCCAAGGAAGCGAAGAAGACAAAGAAGCAAGAAAUUGCCGCUGUGGAAGGCAGCAACGCCACCACGUCGUCCGAGUCCACGAAGGCUGUGAAGGGCAAGAAGGCCGACAAGAAGCGGUCGUGGUUCUCCUUCGGAACGAAGAAGGACUCCAGCAGCUCGGAAGACGAAAACCCCAAGGAGGCCAUGGUGCAGAAGCCGGUUGCCGCCCAAGGCUCAGACGGGUCUGAUUCCGAAUCGGACACUGAGUUCGUCGUCUUGCCCAAGGGGAAGUCGGCGAAAUCAGCCGCAAAGAAAAGCAACGCUAGCGCUGGUGCCGACCAAAAGAAGGGCAAAGAUGUGGAAAAGUCAACCGACGCUAGUGGUGCUAAGAAGGCGUCCGCCAAGAAAGCUGCACCGAAGAAGGACGUGAUCGUGGAAGAGAAGCCGGUCGACAGUUCGGAGGACGACAGUGAUGACACCGAUUCAAGCGAAGAAAUCGUGCCUGCCAAGGUUGCGCCUAAGGCUGAGAAGCCCAGCCCAGCCAAGCAGGACGACUCCGACGAGGAUGACAGCGAUGACGAGGACAGUGACGACAGCGACUCUGAGGAUGAAGAGUCCGAAGAAUCGUCGGAGGAAGACGAAAAGAGCGCCAAAGUCGACCAAAAGGCCCUGAAAAAGGCCGAGGAAGACUCGGAGGAUUCCGAUGACUCCGAUGAAUCGUCAGAUGAAGAAGCAUUGCCUGCGAAGACAUCCCCUAAGAUGGAGAAGAAACAGGAACAGAAGCCGGCCGGUGACGACAGUGAUGACGACAGCGACGAUGACAGCGAUGACGAGGAUGACGACAGUGACGAUGAGGACAGUGAUGACGAUGACAGCGACGAUUCUGAGGACGUAGUGAUGGCCCCUGCCAAAACUACGGGCGGAAAAGAGAAGAAGGCCAAGGAAGAGCAGAGCAACAAGAUGGACGUCGACGGCGAAAGCGACGACAGCGAUGAAGACGAGGAUUCUUCGGAUGAGGACAGUGAUGACGAAGACGAGGACGAUGAGGAUUCCGAAGAGUCUUCAGAGGAGGAGGAAGAAGAAGAGAAGAAGAAAGCUGAAGCUGAAGAAAAUGAAGACGGAGCAGAUGGCGACGACGAGGAGGAGAGCGACGACUCUUCUGACGACGAAAUGGUCAAGCCAACCCCCCCUCCCGCUGCCAAGGCGCAGAAAGAGUCGAAGAAGCCCGCCAAAAAUGCCGAGAAAGAAAGUGACUCAGCCGCCGGCAAGGCCAAGGGUGGAAGAAACGAGAUUUACUGCGGUGGCCUGCCCUUCCAGAUUACUGAGGAGGAGGUCAAGGAGCUCUUCGAGUCUGACUGCGGCCCCAUCGUCCGCAUCAACAUCUUGCAACGCAAGGGAAUUGCCUUCAUCACGUUUGCCAGCGAUGAAGCCGCCCAGAAGGCCGUCGAGUACAACGACACCACCUACCAGGGAAGGACUCUGAAAAUCAACAUCACGGCAGACCGUCCCAAGCCUGCACGCCAGCCGGGCUUCGGCGAGCAGGAUGACGUCCCCCAAAGCGGAACGGAAGUCUGCAUCCGCAACCUCAGCUACAACUCAACUGAGGAGGGCCUGCGGGAGCUGUUCUCUGAGUGCGGUGAGGUGGUGCGCUGCGUCAUCCCCAAGUUCGAGGACACCGGCAAGAGCAUGGGACGCUGCUUCAUUGGGUUUGCCAGCGAGGAGGCUGCGGCUAAAGCCGUAGAGUACGACAACACUGAGAUCGACGGCAGGACUGUCAGCAUCCAGUACGCCCGCCCGAGGGCCCCCAGAGGAGACUUCCGCGGUGGUCGCGGCGGCUUUGGAGGAGGCCGUGGCCGUGGGAACAUGGGAGGCCGCGGAGGGAACCGUGGCGGUCGUGGAGGAUUUGGUGGGAACCGUGGCCGUGGCGGCUUCGGCGGCAGGGGUGGAUUCGGAGGCAACCGCGGUCGCGGAGGCUUCGGCGGUGGCUCUGGAGAUUUCAAGCGCAGGAACGAUGGCGGCAGCAUCGAGAUCGACCCUAAGAAACCCAAGUCGAUUGUCUUCAACGACUCGGAUUAA